AUGUAUCCUAGAGGGCCUAAUCAAAACCAAAGACCGCCUGAGAGUCAAAGGCCAGCACCGCUGAAUCAGAGACCAGUAGCUCAAUCUCAAAGAGCACCUUUCCAACAACAAAGAAAUCAAUUUCCUCCUAGGAAUCAAGCCUCAACAUCAUCCCAUAAUGGCCUAGAACAACAACGAAGACUGGUAGCAGAUAAAUUGAUUGCUGAUUGUUAUUCUAAAAGAAUCAUUGAUAGAAGUGGUAAACCAUGUGUUGAAACGUCGUAUCAAACACAUGUUAGUAUCAAGGAAUAUUCGUCAUUUCCUUCACGUCCACCUCCAGAUAACCUUCCACCUAAUCAAAUUGGAACGGUUAAAGACCGUGUUUUGGUACUUUGUAUCAAAUACUCUGGUAGAGUUUUGAUACAAAAGGGGAAAUAUAAUGAAAAUAAGGACGUAUAUCAAAUUGGUCGUACAUGGGAUAUGGAUGAAUUGAAGACCAUUACUAAGUGUGGAAAUGAUGGAAUUAUCUUAACGUUGAAUAAAGACUACUAUUGGAGCAUAGAAGGAGGCAUGGAAAGAACUUGGAAGUUUGCAAGAUUUUUGACAAACGCAUACGGUGGAUUUAUGGGUAGAUACCCAACAUUGAAUGGCUUUUCAAUCGAGGAUUUUAAAUUAUCCUCUUCUCCACAAAAAAAGCAUUUGGGAAAUUCUUCCCCUAGCAUGGGUGCAAAUGAUAGUGGUAACGAUAUUGUUGUUAAUGAACCUCAACCACAUCCUCAAUUAUUGAAAACUAAAUCAUUGAAAAGAAAGAACUUACCAAAACCAGUAUUACCACCGCAGCCUCUUCCUCAACAGACAUAUCCCGAUCAGGGAAAGCAAAAUGAUUUCUAUAAGGAUAUGGAUUUUACUGCAAAUGGGAAACUACCUUCUAAACCUAUGAAAGUAAUGCAAGUUGAUAGACCUUCGACGUCGUCACUUGACCAAGUAGAGAAUCAGAAUGCAUCGACUAAUAGAUUCAACCAAUCACGAGAAUUACAAGAGACAAACGAAGAAUUUGUUGAUAAUUAUGUUACUGUCGAUGACAACGAACCAUCGAAUGUUCCCACAACGCCUAAACGUGAUUCCAAGCAUCCCUAUCAAGUCAACUCUCCGCGUAGAAGCGCUGAUACUACUCAGGAUUCGCAGAACUUUGUUUUCCAUGCUGAUAAUACGUACUCGCCCGAAAAGCUUAGAGAAUAUGUGAAAACAAAUGAGGAGAGAUCAACAUCGCCAUUAAGAAACUAUAAGCCUCGAAGGAUGUCCACCGAGGUUGAACAAAGAAAAGUUUCUGAGCCUUUAGAAUCUGCAGCGGCCUUGGGUAUUCAACUUGAAGAGCAACUUGAUGGCGUUACAAAUAAAGAUAUUUCUACGGAUUCUGCACAUUCAUUCCAAAUUCCUGCUAGAAAUGUUUCGCCUGACUAUAGUAUCGAGGAAGUUGAAAAUGAUAGUGAUGAAGAACAAGAAACACAACAUAGGGCUUCAAUGUCGGAAAGAAAACAAGUUCCAAUCGAUCAAGAAGAAUCUAUAAACCAGCAUCAACCUCCCAAUGCUCAUGUAGAUAAUACAAUAAACUCUUCUAUACAAGAUAUUGAAAAUUACAUGGACUCUCAACUUUAUUUUGCCCCGGGCGAUGAAUCAGUUGAUAACUCAAAACAAAUUAGUCAGAAUCAGACUCUUGAGAGUGAUAUAAGUCAAAGGGAAAUUAGUGAGGGUAAUAUAAUACCUGACUUACUGCAAGGGAAUGAUCUGGAGUUUAGAAGUGAUCAAUUAGAGGAUGAAACAACCUCUAUGCAAGAAUAUACUGAACAAUCAGAAGUUGGGUUGAAUAUUGAUAAUAAAGAUUCUGAGUUUCAAAGGGAAAAGGAUGCAGAGUUAGAAGAAAUCAUGGAUGAUGUCAAUUGGUCUAUAUCAGAUAAUAGUGAUUCCUUGAUCAGAAAAUUGACCAAGGAAUUAAACAAUGUGAAAUUUCGUAAUGUUAAAGAUUUAGUUACUUUGGAUUUCGGUAAAGAUUCAGUUUCUAAUGAUGUAACAACAUCAAUAAGUGAGAUUGAAAAUUUAACUCAUAUUUUCAAAAAAAUGGAAAUAGAUUUCAAAUUUCUUGGGCCCGAAGUCAAUUUAAUUGAAAAUAACUCUAAGGGUCUCCAGGUAAAGUCGGUCAACAAGAAAUUAUUGUAUAACGAUUUAAGCAACAUAUUGAAUAAGGUUAGUAUGCAUUCCGAUGAUUUGCGGGCUAUCGAAUCAUUUAAAGAAUUCGAUAGAUUGAAUAAGUUAGAAGCUAUUGAAGUUAAAUUGAUUGGAUUAUUUAAUGCCUUAGAAACGAUUACACUUGACUACAAUGAGAAUACAGAUAACUUAAGUUCUAUGAGGGCAUUGAGGCAAUACCAAUCAAAUUAUGAACGUGUUACGUCUAGUUUUAUCAGGCAUUUUAGUCGCUUCAUAAAAGAUCAAUUCAGAUUAUUUUCUCAACAAAUGAUGCAAAAUAUGGAUAAUAUUUAUCCUCAGGCCAUGUUUAGAGAACUUAACAAUCUUCUAAUUUAUUCGGGUUUCCUUUACUUCGUUAAGGGUGUUUCUCUUAGCGAUUUUCAAGAUAUAAAUGGGAACUUUAAUCUCAUGAUGAGCGAUUUAUUAGAGAGAAUGAUUACCCACAAGUUAAAAAAUUUGAAGUUUUCAUCGUCAUCAGUAUCUGCACAUCUAUCGCAAUCUUUAGAUAAUGAUAUGCCUCUAAAGAAGUCAAGAACAUUGAGAUUAUCGACAAGACGAGAAAAGCAUAUUAGCAAAGCAAAUCAAGAAGAGUUUCAAGGUUUAAAACAAAAUAAGGAUUCGAAUGAAAUCGACGAUCCAAAAGCUGUUGUUGAUAUAAUAAAUAGCACGAGAGAUGUGAUAUUUGUUUUGCAAUACGUCACCGGUAGGCUAUUCCAUUAUGAUAGUAAUAUUAUCGAUUUUAACGAAUAUUGCCAGAAUAAACCUUACCAAGAAAGACGUAUUGCUCUUGAUAAUCCAUCUUUAGAUAUAGAAGAUGAUAUGAACUAUUCGAAUGAUUCAAUUUCUAAUUUGAAUGCAGUAUUCGGUGGUUAUAUUAACAUCUUCAUGAAAAAAGUUACUCCAACAGAAUUAAAUAUACCAUUACUUUUAUGUUAUUUGCAGAAUUUGCUUGAUGAAAAUAAGAAAUCUAAUCAAGAAUUCUUAUGCUUUAAUUUUUUGAAAAAGGCUUCAGAUAAGUUCAAAAUUAUUUGGUCGAAAUUUAUCAAGUCUCAAUUGAACUUAUUGAAUAAAUCCGCAAUUAUUGCUCAUUGUGGUAUAUUACCUGCUAUUAAGAAUGUUAAUCAAGUGUUGUUGAUUACUGAAUCCUCUUUAGACCAACCAGGUAGGCUCUUUGGUAGUCUUGACCAAUCCCAGGUAAGAGCAAUGUUAGCCGAAUCAUAUAAAGAAAUUUCCGAGGCAACUAUUCACUUGUUUAUGAGGGACGAUCCUUUAUUGAAAAAUCACGAUUUCGAUGAUAAAGAAAGAGAACAUCGUAAUGUCAGUAUAAUCCAAAACAUUUUCUAUCUUACAGAACAGUUAGCAGUCUUUAGUUCUCCUGGCAUAACGAAAAUGAGAACGCAGUUGAAUUCUGUCUUCAACAAGGUUUUAGAUUCGUACUUCAAUAAGCUUCUUCACAAGAAUAUUGGUAAAUUGGUGGAAUUCGUUGAUAAUUAUGAAGCUUUAGUAAAAAUGAAUAAUGGUAAGCCUAAGAAAUACAAUAAAAAAUAUGUUAAAUCAUUGUUGACAGGAUAUACUUCGAAGGAUGUAUCCGUUAAGGCUGCUGAAAUUCACAAGAAAUUAGAGAAACAUUUCAUAACUGGUGGCGAUAUGUUUGAGAAAGACUUAUUUGACAAGUUAUGGACAGAUAUGGAAUAUCAAUUUAUUGACUACUUUUCAAGAUUAAACAACAUCCUUAAGAAUGACUUUGAUAGAGAAAUUGACUAUGCAAUUACCAAACAAGAUAUACAUUCAGUAUUUGUUUCUAUACACUAA